UUGCAACUAUUUUUGAUAAUAAAAAUAGAUUUAGUGAUGAUCAUUGCUGCAUACCUUGUCAAAUUUUCAUAGCAUAACAGUAGAGGAAAUUGUAAAUUUAUAAUCUAUCUAAUUUAAUAAUGAUAUUUUAAUCUAAUUGGAUUGAUGUCUUUUCAGACACUCCUCUGUCUAUUAUUUAAAGCUAGUGUGCUGAUAUUAUAAGACAUUGAUCUAGUUGACACUGAUGGCUGCAAUGUUUAUGCUGCUACUACUAGUUUUUCUUCCAUUAGUCCAUGGUUCCUCUGCUGAUUGCUCUUAUGGUCAGAUUCGUUUGGUCGAUGGAACUGCUCCUAAUGAAGGUCUUCUUGAGAUAUGCAUUAACAAUACCUGGGGGACAGUUUGUGAUAAUCUCUGGACUGAUAGUAAUGCUGAAGUUGUCUGCAGGCAACUAGGAUACACAGCUAAUGGUUCUGUGAGUGAAUAUUUCAGUACUGGAUAUGAUCAAAUAUUUUUAGAUAAUGUUGUGUGUGGUGGAUUUGAAUCAUCACUGCUCCACUGUAAACAUAAUAUCAUUGGAACACAUGACUGUACACAUGAUCAAGAUAUUGGUGUAAUAUGCUCAAAUUGUUCAUAUGGUGACCUUCGUCUCAUUAAUGGUACUCUUCCUAAUGAAGGACGUGUAGAAAUUUGCAUUGACAAUACCUGGGGAACUGUUUGUGAUAGAAAUUGGACUAAUGCUAGUGCUGAUGUUGUAUGUAAACAAUUAGGAUACAAUACUACUGGUGCUGUUUACUCAUUUUUUGGUGAAGGAAAUGGGGACAUAUUUGUGAAUGGUGUGAACUGCAUUGGGUUUGAGAAUACUUUACUUCAAUGUGAACACAACUUGACUAGCUUGAGUCAAGGGACUGAUUGCACUCAUCAAGAUGAUGUUGGUGUAAUAUGUUUGUUAUCAGUUUGUUAUGAUGGCCAGCUACGCCUAGUCAAUGGAUCUCUUCCUAAUGAAGGACGUCUAGAGAUGUGCUAUAACAAUACUUGGGGAACAGUCUGUACUAAUGGAUGGACUAAUAUUGUUGCUGAUUUUGCAUGUGGACUGUUAGGAUAUUCUAAUACAGGUGCUGUGUAUCGGCUCAGUACUACUUUUGGACAAGGCAAUGGAAGUGUAUUUUUAGAUUAUGUUGCAUGCGGAGGAUUUGAGAGGUCAUUAUUACAUUGUGUUCAUAAUCUAGUAGGAGACACCAUGUACUGUGACCACGUUGGAGAUGUUGGCAUUAUAUGCUUGGACAUAGAUCAAUCUAAUAAUGAAACAAUGUGUAGCACCAAGUUGGAUAAUGAGUUAUGGGAUACAAUGAGUGCUCAAGGAAAAUGUGAACCUUACAUAGACAAUCCUUGGUUGAGUUCAUCAGUGUGUGACAGUAUUUAUACAAGCUUGCAUUAUGUCUAUACUCCUAAUGCUCGAUUAUUAGGUCAACCUUUUGUUAGACUCUUAAUGGAGAACAUUACUACAAAUCUUACCUUCACGCCACAGUGCUAUGAGUCUGUUGUCAAUGCACUCUGCAUGCUCUAUUAUCUACCAUGUGGCUACAAUGGUACAAUACAAGUUCCAAGGUUUCUCUGCUCUGAUGCUUGUACUAAUGUAUCAGCACAAAUGUGUUCUGAUGAUUGGAAUGCUCUUCGUAGUUUCAUUAAUGAUGAAAUUUCUGCAGAUCGUGAUUUGAAUGAGACCAUAGUCAUGCCAAACUGUAGUAAUACUGACUUAUUUAUUGAGGCAUUUAAUCUUGACCGUGACUGCUGUGAGCCAUUUUAUCAGCCAGGUCCAGUGUAUAAUCUGUUGGCAUCUGAUGUUACUAAUACAAGUGUUAAACUGAGUUGGAGUUUUGAUCCUCCAGUCACUGGUGGAGUAUUAUCAUAUGCUGCUGUAUCUAACAGAUUUAGUAAUGGAACGCAAUCAUUUACUGGAAGAAAUGUUAAGGAGCAAAUGAUAUUUAAUCUUGAACCAUUCACUGUUUAUAAUUUUAGUGUCACUCUACUGAAUACUUUUGGCAAUAGAUCUAGCAGUAAAGUAACUAUCAAUACUGAAACUCUACCAAAUGUUCCUACUGCUCCUACUCUUAUCAGUGCUGUGUCUAUUAAUUUAACCUCUAUUUCAGUCAGUUGGAGAAGCAAUAUAGAUCCUUUAAGACAGUCAGAGGUGGAGUUGUAUACAGUGAUGUAUUACACAGAAGGACAGCAGAAUAAUGAAUUAAAUGUAACUGCUCCUGCUAGUGUAGUGACAAUAAAUGGUCUUGCUGAAGAGAAAAAUUAUUCAGUAACAGUAUCUGCUACUAACAGUGCAGGGAAAAGUGCAUCUAGUAAUCUUAUUACAGUUCAAACUAGUAAGCAUAUCACAUGUAGUAGUAAUGUAAUUUGUUUCAUUAAUGAUAUGACACCCUUUCUUGUUGCUUUUCUACUCCCAGUUCUCAUCAUACUUGUCUUCAAUGGUGUUAUAUUUGUACUCAUUAUUCGUGUUUCUUUCCUUCAUACUGUUGACAAGAACAAAAGAAUGAAAAAGUCUUCACUCACAAAAUCUGAAGUAUUACGAAUGAUACUAUCUUAUUCUGGUAUCCUGAUACUGUUUGGUUUGACGUGGCUUUUUGCUGUCUUCACUUUCAUUUCUGAGCCAAACGUCUCAUUCAUAGUUCAGUUCUUUUUUGCUUUCUUCAAUACCUUCCAAGGUUUCUUCAUUUUCUUCUUCUUUGUCAUUCUUAGCAGUGACUCAAGAAAUACUUGGAUAUCGCUACUCUGUCCCAGGAGAGUGAGGAAGGGAAAGACAUCUUUGACAUCAACAGCUGCUAAAACUAAAAGCUCAAAUGUUAUAGUCACAUCACCAGUGGAAAAAAAACCACACAAGAAUGGAAACGGAAUUUUUAGUAAUGGAAAUGAAAGUAUGCAUCUUGAGGUUGAAAAACAGAAUGGAAGCUUAAUAUUUGGAAACAAGACAAUUCUCGAAGAUGAAGCACUUUCGGCUGAUGAUGAAUUUAUGAUUUCUGAGUUCAAUAGCAUUCGUUUUGAACGUCAUCUUUCUACAAGACGCAAGCACCUUGUAGAGAAAAUUGAAAUAGACUUUUUUGAUGGUGAUAAUGCAUCCCUAGUAUCUGAUGAUGAUUACAAUUAA